AUGCUUCCAUUGAUUCUUCUUGCCUCCCAGCUCCUCGUUCCUGCUGUGUCCGCGGAGCUGUCCCUUCGCGGAGCGGACAUCUCCUCCCUCCUCGUCGAGGAGGACGCCGGUAUCUCGUACAAGAAUUCCGCUGGAAAGACAGAGAAGUUGGAGGUGAUCAUGGCGGAUCUGGGAAUUAAUUCCGUCCGUCAGCGUAUCUGGGUGAAUCCCAGUGAUGGCAGUUACGAUCUCGAUUACAACAUCGAGCUUGCGACUAGAGUGCAGGCUCAGGGUAUGGGAACAUACCUCGAUCUGCAUUUGAGUGAUACAUGGGCGGAUCCAGGUGACCAGACAACCCCCACCGGAUGGUCCACAACCUCCAUCGACACCCUAACCUGGCAACUAUACAACUACACCAAAGAAGUAUGCAAUACUUUCUACGAGGCUGGCCUCACCGUCGACAUCGUCUCAAUCGGCAACGAGAUCACAGCUGGUCUCCUCUGGCCCCUGGGCGAAACACCCAACUAUGAUAACAUCGCCAGCCUCCUCCACUCCGGAGCCUGGGGCGUCAAAGACUCCGACCUCGAGACAACCCCCAAGAUCAUGAUUCAUCUCGACAACGGUUGGAGCUGGAGCGAACAAGAGUACUUCUACAACGAGGUCCUCGCAUCCAGCACGGAUCUGGUUUCUUCCGAUUUCGAUUACAUGGGUAUCUCCUACUACCCCUUCUAUAGCUCAUCGGCUACUCUCUCCUCGCUGAAGACCAGUAUGACGAAUAUGUACGCGGCGUACGGAAAGGACAUCGUGAUCGUUGAGACUAACUGGCCUGUUUCGUGUCCUUCGCCCGCGUAUUCGUUCCCGAGUGAUUUGAAGUCUAUCCCGUUCUCCGUUGCGGGCCAGGAGACUUUCUUGCAGGAGUUGGCUGCUGUUGUUGAGGCUGUUACUGGUGGCCUGGGUAUUUAUUAUUGGGAGCCUGCUUGGAUUGGCAAUGCGGCUUUGGGCAGUAGCUGUGCGAAUAAUCUGUUGGUUAGUACUUCCAAUGAUGAAGUUUAUGCUAGCUUUGCCACGUUGGGAGAGCUUUAG